AUGCACCGUGCAGAAGUCCUGGCGCGGCAAGUCCUGGCGGCAGCCUGUGCGGCGCCACCAGAUGUCGUCAAGGAGAUGGCACCAACAGGUAAACUCCGUGUCGCGCUGAACAUGCGAAACGAGCUUUUGGUAAGUGGCAAGUCCGCCAGCGGCGAGCCAGAGGGCUUGGCACCAUCUAUGGGUGCAGCAUUUGCCGAGAAGCUCGGAGUUCCCGUGGAGUUUGUGCCUUACGAGUCUGCUGACAAGCUGGCUGAUGAUGCGAAGGAAGACAAGUGGGACGUCGCGAUGAUUGGUGCUGAUCCCGCCCGAGCAGAGUUCAUUCAGUUUACAGCUCCUUACUGCCAGAUCGAGGCCACUUAUGCUGUGCCAACGACUUCAGGUCUUCGCACUUGUGCCGAAGUGGACAAAGCCGGUGUAAGAAUUGCUGGUUGUGAAGGGGCCGCUUAUGUCCUGUGGCUAGAGCGCAACCUCAAAAAUGCAACUCUCGAGAAAAUCAAGGGCCACGAUGCCACGUACGAGCAGUUCAAAGAGACGGCAAUGGAAGCGGUUGCCGGGUUACGACCAAAGCUGAAGAAGGACGGUGCCAAGCGACCAGGCACCCGUCUGCUCCCUGGAAAGUUCAUGGCUGUUGAGCAGGCCGCCGCGACAAAGAAAGGCCGGGAGCAGGGUUUCAAGCUGCUCAGUGAGUUCAUCGAAGAGGCUUCUCGUCGAUGGGACGAGCGAGCUGUCAAAAAGGAACAAGGUCAUCACCUUGACCAAGGUCAAGAAAAGACCGAAGGCCAUGGACUGCAAUGGAGCCUGUCCACAAGUCCAUGCCAGUUCAUGUCCACACUGCAGCAGGAAAAGAAAGACGAGCUCAUCGAUGGCAUCCGUGAGUCUUGCGAGGAGUUCUCCAGAGUUUUCUUGGUUUCCAUCGAAAACGAGCGCAACCAGUUCAUGCAGGAGAUUAGAAAACGUCUCAGACCCGGAAAGCUUGUCUGCGCCAAGAACAAGGUCAUGCAGACUGCCCUAGGAAUGAGCCCUGAAAGCGAGUGCCAGGACAACGUGCAUAAGAUUGCAGAAAUGAUUAAUGGUCACUGUGCUCUGCUGUUCACAAACUCGACGCCCGAACAGGUGGAAUCAGCUUUUGCAGCCUAUCGGCCCAGUGAUUUUGCACGGAGUGGGUCUCUGGCAACUGACACGGUGGUGCUGCCAAAAGGGACCGACGCGCUCGCGAGCCUCCCACACUCCAUCGAGGCCCAUCUGAGACAGCUGGGCCUUCCGACGGUUCUCAAGGAGGCCAAGAUCCACCUGCUGGGGGACCAUACCGUAUGUACGGCUGGCAAGGAGCUCUCUGCAGACGCGGCGCAGGUCCUGAAGCUGCUUGGAAUCCAGCAAGCGCAGUUCACCCUCUCCGUCGAGGCGCACUGGCAGAAGGGUGGCGCUUUCAAAGACUGCUCGGCCUUGGAGGACUAG